UUCACGUGAGACCGGCUGAGACAGGCACGGAGAGUACACGUGUGAAAUCAGCCGUCUGUUUCAAAGGUCUUUAAAACUCUGUAGUUUCGUUGUUUUACCAUGGACGCCAUCAGAAACGGGUGGUUCUCUGAGUUGAGCCCCUUGUGGCCCGGCCAGUCUAUGAGUUUAGAAGUCGAGGAAGUUCUCUACCACGAGAGGUCCAAGUACCAAGAUGUGCUGGUCUUCAGAAGUAAGACAUAUGGGAACGUGCUUGUGUUGGACGGAGUGAUCCAGUGUACAGAGAGGGACGAGUUCUCCUACCAGGAGAUGAUCGCACACCUGCCCCUCAUGAGCCAUCCCAACCCAAAAAAGGUGCUGUUAAUAGGAGGAGGUGAUGGAGGGGUGCUGAGGGAGAUCGCCAAACAUUCCUGUGUGGAGUCAGUGGUGCAGUGUGAGAUAGACGACAAAGUGAUUGAGGUGUCCAAGAGGUUCCUCCCUAAGAUGGCGUGUGGCUACGACAACCCCAAACUGACUGUGAACAUCGGGGAUGGGUUUGACUUCAUGAAGAAGAACAAAGGGUCUUUUGACAUCAUCAUCACUGACUCCUCUGAUCCCAUAGGUCCUGCUGAAGCCUUGUUCCAACGUUCUUACUAUGAACUGAUGAAGGAAGCCCUCAGGCCUGGUGGGAUCGUCUGCACACAGGGGGAGUGCAUGUGGCUUCACCUGGACCUGAUCCGAGACAUGCAGGAGUUCUGUAGCAGCCUGUACCAGCAUGUGGACUAUAGUUACUGCACCAUUCCAACCUACCCCAGCGGCCAGAUAGGCUUCGUACUUUGCAGUACAAACCCGGACACCAAUUUUAUGGAUCCUGUGAGAAAAUUCACAGAAGAACAGCUGGAAGAGCUCAACAUACGAUACUACAAUGCUGAUAUCCAUAGAGCCUCUUUUGUUCUACCUCAGUUUGUUAAGAAGGCACUUAAGGCUCCUAAACCCAAGGUGAACAAUCAACCUCAAGAGGACGGCCAGAAUGGAGAAAAAUGAUGACAACUGAAACCAUAUUUAUUUUAGCUGUAGAGAUGUAUCCAUGUGAUUCAUCCAGUAAAAUGGCAGAAGUGCAUGUAAGAAUGUACCAGAGUUAGAUAGACGAGAACUUGUCAAAAUUGAAUGUGCAAAGAGGAAUGAGAGAUUAUGGUGUGAUUGAGGUGAAAUAAAUCUCCCUCUGCUAGAAAUAUAUCAUAAAGGUUUAUUUCACAAUGGAUGUAAUGGUGACAAACAAGUGUAUGAAAGAAUGGUCUUUUUCACAAUAUUCCUGACCCUAUUACAAUUAAUAAAUUGUAAGAAAUAAUUUUCUUUAUUCUCAAUUUCCAAUAGCUGUUUUAGAUGGAAAAGUAGAAUAUGUCAUUAGUAGAAAAUGAUGCCUCAAGAUUGGCCUGUUUUAACUUUUAGCUAAUUAUUACUUUAAACUCAAAACUAACAUGAGCUUUAUACAAGAACAAAAAUAGUAAUUUGGCAGUUAUGUUUCCCAAUAGGUGUGGCUUCUGCCAUGAUGUACCCAUCCACUACAGCAGUUGAUGUGCCCUAGCUAGGGAGCUUGGUACAUGUAUUUGUGUUUGGUAGAAUGUUCUAAUAUUAUUAACCUAAUGUUCAGAUAGGAUGUCUCAAAGUGCCAAAUGUGUAAUUUAAAAUGAGGAAGCAUAAAGUAUGGUCUGCAGUUUUGUGGUGCAUUGAGACUCUUGUGGUAGUACUAAUACAGGUUUCUGACUGAAGCACAUUGGGCAAG